CAAAAUUUGACAAUGACAAGAUUCCCACCUUCGACCGUGGCCAAGGCCGCAGUUUCUACUCAUCAAGCACCGAAACAAUGGCUCGACAAACUUGACCCGGAGUGGGCUGAGAUAUGGAACACUCAUGGUGGACGCCAUUGCCAAGCUGAGGAAGUCCCUAUUGAGGAAGUCCGCCAAAAUCCUGCGAAAUACAGCUUCACAUAUCCAACCUGGGCUGGACCCCAAGUGUACCAAGAGGACGACUUUGAAAUACCCGUAACAAGGCCUGCUGGUCAGAUCAAGAUUCGGGUGUAUACACCAGAAGGUGUUGGACCUUUCCCCGUGCAUAUGAACUAUCAUGGCGGAGGAUGGGUACUGGGUGGUUUUCAAAGCGAAGCUGCUUGGUGCCGCAGCGUCUGUAAAAAGAUUGGGAUCGUGGUUGUAGAUGUUGGUUACCGACUGGCACCCGAGUUCGUGUUUCCAGCGGCGAUAUAUGAUUCUUGGGACGCCAUACAAUGGGUGAUAUCACAUGCACAGCAGCUGCAUGUGGAUGGAGGUCGGGUGUCAAUCGGUGGCCUCUCAGCAGGAGGACACAUGUCUGCCGUUCUUUCGCAUAUGGCGCGCGACGCAGGGCUCGAACUCAAGCUGGCAUUGAUGGUUGUACCUUCGACUGACUUUAGGUGGUUGAUCGCACAAGAACCGCUUCGUUCGGAGGUCGCAAAGAAGUAUCCAAGUACAGUCUUGUACAAGGAAGCGCCGUGGGGUGGUUUGAAGAGAGAACAAUGGUUUCUGGACUAUUGGAUUCCAAAAGGUCUAAGAGAGGGUGCGUGUGAGGAUUGGAUGGCCUCGCCGAUAUUGGCAAAGUCUUUUGAGAAUCUUCCUCCAACACAUAUCAUCACAGCUGAGUUCGACAUUUGUCGAGAUGAAGCGCAUAGGUAUGGGGAGUUGCUGGCCCAAAGUGGCAACAAGGUGACUCAGAAGUGUUAUUCGGGGUGCACAUUCGAGAGGACUCCUCGAUCGACAACGCGCAAUGAUACAAGGACCGUGUCGCACGUGUCUCCGAAUGGAGACAAUCAUCCAUCAUCUGGAACCGCUGGCUCGGUGAUGGCUAGUCAACAACCCGAAGCUGGGAUUGCCAACAAUAUACAAUUUGGACAGCAGCCGCCGGGCGAGCUGCCGGGCGCUAAGACUCAGUACAAUGGCAUUCAGCAUCUGGACGAUCUAGCACCCGACUUCCUUUUAUCUAACGCUAUGACUGAUCCUCAAGAUGGCUUCUGGCUUGAUCAAGCCAUGAUCGAUAUCGACAUGCAGGCUCUCAAUCACAUGAAUACUUCUCCGGACGAAGCAAUGGCACAGCAAAUCGCUCUUCCAUCUCCCAAUCAAUCACAGAGAGAUAUGCCCAGUAUAGUUUGCGGCCUCACGGGGGAUAUGGACCCCUAUCUUAUGCGACGAUACAACUUUGGUCCUGAUAACAGCUUUGUUUUCAAACGGCUUUCUGUGCGAUCAAUGUCGCAGGACGUUCAUCCUGUUCAACUGCUUGUAACGAACGCGGUCGAAGACGUCGAUGACUCAGACGACAACACCACUCGAGGACACUUGGAACAACUGGUAGAGCCUGAUGUUGGCAUCAGAUUGAUCUCCCUGUACUACCAAUUCGUAUAUCCUCACGUUCCCGUGAUUCCUUUGACACAGUUCCCGGAUCCAAAACAAACAGAUCCUUCUCUUCUUGCUGCGAUCUAUCUCGUCACACUCUCGUUCGCUGCAUUUGACGACUAUCUCUCUGUCCAGAUAGCAUACGAUUUGCCAGAUGCAGGGAAGUUGUGGAACCUCGCCUUAGCCACUGUUCAGCGAAAGUUGCACCGGUCAGAUUUUGCUACACUACAGACAGUGAUACUGCUUCUGGUUGCGCCAUCGCACAACCCAUUGAUGCCAGACUAUUCGACGAAGUGGUCACUUGUUGGUACAAUGGUGACAAUGUCUCAGACUCUGGGCUUGCAAUUUGAUCCAAGCCAUUGGAACAUUCCGCUCACAGAAGUUGACCUUCGAAAGCGCUUAUCAUGGACUGUCGAAAUGAUCGAUAUCUGGCAUGCCGCGGCACUGGGUCGAAGUUGCCUGAUACGAGAAGAUGACUGGCUGGUCCCGAUGCCACGAUCCACAGACUUCUCACAUCAGGAAAACCAGACGACAAUGCAGAAGCAUUUUGUUCACAUGCAUGAGUUGACCUUGAUCUUGCGCCAAGUAUUGACGACACUGUUUUCGCUGAGAGCGGUACAAAAUCUUGCAAGAGAUUAUGACACGACGCUACGCAAGGUACAGCUGUUAAUGGAAGAGCUGAACCGAUGGUUAGGAGUCGCCUCUGACAUUGAAUCGGAAGCGCAAUCCGAAGACGUCAAUCUCUCAGGCCCUAUGUUGCUUGGAGGUCACUUCGUAAAGGUGCUUCUAUUCCGUGCCAUACUAAGACCGUUCAAAAGUACAUCUAGGAACGCAAAACCAGCAUCAUCUGAUCCACGCGAGGCUGAAGCGCAUCGUUUGUCGAGAGCUGGAGCGAAGGCAUGCGUCACAAGCUUUGUGGCAUUCACGGCUAAUCUCAAGAGUAGUUGGAUUCAGGGAUUCUGGCCAUUUUGGUGUACCUUAGCGUGGUCCACUCUUUGUAACCUUGCACUUCUGCUUCAUAUAUCUGCGGAUAGUGUCGAGGAAGCUCAAGAAUGCCAAGUACUUCUUGACCGCGCUCGAAGAGUCAUCCGGUUGCACUCAAAAUCGCUCGAGAUCUUACGUUUUCCACUCUUGCGUAUCGACAGUAUAUUCUGGAAAGGGCUGGACAAUGUUCUGACUACGAAUUUACAACAACAGCAACAAUUAUAA